AUGAGAGCAACACUCAGUGAGUCGUUGCAACUGGGUUCUUUGGCUCUGAUCGAUGUGGCAGUGAAAGCACUGCACGACCCGGACCCUGGCGACGACCAAGCAGAGAUAACCUGGCGGAGUCGGUUCGCGUCAUACCUGGUAUAUGAACACUACAUGCAACGCCAUGGCUUCAUCACUUCUCUCACGAUACAGAGAUCGUUUCUGAUGCCAAUGCGCAUGGCCCUCGCUGGGGAAAUUGUCACAGUCCUUGACUCCACCAUCAUGCUCACCGGCAGAAUGAUCGAUUCCCUGUCAAGCGUCGCGCUAGGUACUAUCAUCUUGUCCAUUUCGAGGUCGCACCUUGGCGCUACAAAGACGGAAGACUUCCGCGUGGUCACCGGACAUGAGCUUGCCGUUGCAACUUCGACAUCGGCUAACGUCUAUUGGUUGGUGUCUGGCAAUGCCAGCAUCGUAGAGUCCAACAUGACCGGGAGGUACGAAUUAGAACUUCAAGGAGACCACAACCACAUUGAGAAUUCACACUUCGGCGCAUGUUACGGAAGCUGCGUGUCGAUCUCUUCCCGGCAAUCUGCUCUCGUCGGCUCCUCCAUGCAGACGGCAGUGUCCGUUGUGGGCAAAUUCGGUGCGCACUUGGAGAUUCGCGACGUGGAAGUCUUCGAUGUCUACACCCCGUUCCUCCAGUAUCUUGACAUCUAUGAAGGUCCUACGAUGCUAGAUGUGACUUUCACCAUGGUGAAGUUUCGGAACGUCUGGAGUGCUGUCAAGAUUGAUGCGAGCCAGUGGAAGCUAACCAUGCAAGGCGUCACGAUGGAAGAUGUCACGAGUUCCGGCUUGACCCUGCAAAGCAGGAACGAGAGCGACCGUGGCAUUGCUCAGCUUCGCGAUGUUUCUAUGCACAGCAUCAUGGGCGUCGGGCUUGUCCUGGACCGGACGAUUUUGAACAUCACCGGCAUGACCUGCAGAGAGUGUAGCGUCGGAAUCACAGCCCGUGCCUCUUCUCUGAACCUGAGUGGGGUAGACAUCCCGGGCAAGCACAAGCAAUGCAACGGGAUUAUUUUGAAGUCAUCGCGUUUAGAAGCGAAUGAUGUGCGCAUGACGAACCUGGCUGCUGGACUACUGCUGAAAUCCUCGACCGUGCACCUGGAGGAUGUCUUCAUCACAGACAAUGCUUUGGGUGUCCUGCCGGUAAACACAACGGGCACCAUCAGCGGUCUGGUCUACUUCAACGACGCAGCAGACGAGCUGUGUCAAGAUCAUAAUGGCUAUAAAGCUUGCCCCAAAGUGGAGCACCCGAGCGCGGCUAUGGAAGUGCACCACUCGAAAGCCCUGAUGCUCUCCUUGCUUGCCUGUCUCGUCGCUACCAUCUCGGCAGUCCAGGGUCUCAAGCUCCUCUACACCGAGAAGGCACUCUCCCUGCGCAUGUUCUUGUGGAUGCUCGGUUGUGGCCUGUGGCCCGUGGUGAUGAUCGGAGCCGUGAACGUACUGUUGGUCAUCCGGCGUGCAGUCCAAGAGCAGGAGGCGAAGCAGCGCCCGAACCUGGAGGAGUUCGUUGGUCCAGAGAACAAAAUGAUGUGGCGGCUCCUGUUCCUAUUGAUCUGGUCAGCGGGUGGCAUACUUUACGUCUUCUUCGAUGUCUUCCUCAAUCGACACGGCUUGAUGCUGACCGGCGAUGCACGGCGCCGCAAAGAGCUCGAUGAGAAGAAGGCUCGACUGAAGAAGCGCCUGGACAACCAGAGCCUGCGGGGCAGAAUGCAAAGCCUGCACUGCAAGCUCUUCGCGGCUGUGGAUUGCCGCAAGGCCGAUGCAACAGAGAUCUUCCAGGAGAUGAAGGAUUUGGCAGAGGAAGAGGCGAGCAACCUGGCUGGGUGGUUUGAGGACCAGCGCCAAGUGUACCAGGAGGACGACGGUGGCGCACGGAUGGAGAAGCUGGAGAAGCGACCGGACACGGUUUUGGACAUCUUUCUUGC